UCCGGUCCUUCCCUGUCAGUGUCCAUCUUGACACUUGUGCUACUACGUUAGCAAUGGACGGAGGAACAACAUAGCAAGUGUUUCGGAUCGAUAUAAGCCGCUGACAGAAUGAGAUAAAGAUGGAGACUGUAACGACAGACGCGUCUGCGGCUGAGGAGGAUGAGUGUUCGGACUCAGAGGUUUUAUGUCUGAUGAGAGUCGGGAGAAACUCGGACUGGCUCCGCUUGUUCGACAACACUGAGAUCACCAUUGGACGUGGUGUGGAUGUAACCUACCAGCUGUUGUCUCCAAGUUGUCCCCUGAUGAUCUCCAGACUGCACUGCACUUUCAAGCAAAGGGAAGAUGGCCAGUGGACAGUGACGGAUAGGAAGAGUCUGAACGGUGUGUGGGUGAAUGGAAACCGCAUUCCUGCGGAAGAAACCCAUCAGCUGAGGCUGGGAGACUCCAUACAGCUUGGGGUUGCUGUAAUCGGAACCAAAGCAGAGUUUGACUACAUCCUCGUCCAGCGGCCGCUCAAAGACAUUAAACUGUACCUAGCAAAGGGACACGGACAGGGGGCUAAAGCAGCUCACAUUUCCAAGAAGCCCAAGAGGAAGUUGGCCGUGGAAGAGGUUGAGCCGUCUACCUCAAAGCCCAAGCUCUACCGCUGCUCCUCUGCAGACAAGUCUUUUGCAAAGCCCUGUCCUCUGUCACCAGUGAAACGCCAGCAGCGGCCCAGUCACAGCCAUCCAGAGGAAACUGGAACCAGUAGACAAGUCCAGGAAGUAGACCGGCCCUCAGAUGGCUCCAACACACCAUGUGACAUAGAUAACUUGCAGAUGUACAGCCAGAAUAUUCUUAUGCUGAGGGAGCAGGUGGACGACACCCAGAGGCAGGUAGCAUCGCUGGGGGGAGAGCCCCAGAAGACGGACCCGCUCAGGGAGGAGCAGGUCAGGGAGCUGCAAGGUCAGCUGGAGACACUCAGAGCCAAGAUGCACCGGAUGGAGACGUUGGAGAAGUCCUUCAGUGAAACCAAGAGGCAACUUGAGGCACAGAAAACACAGCAACAAGAGGAACUGUUGAAGAAACAGUUGGAAGAUGCACUGCAAGAGCAAAAGAAAGUUAUAGGCGAACUUUCUCUUUCUCGGGAAGCCUUUGAGGAGAUUCUCUCCGCCAAAAACAAAGAGCUGGAAGUGACAAAGGAGGAGAAAGAAAAGGCAAGGGCCCAAAAAGAGGAAGUAGUCACACAAGUGACUGAAGUUCUGGAGAACGAGCUUCAGUGCAUCAUCUGUUCAGAGCUCUUCAUCGAGGCAGUCAUCCUGAACUGCGCCCACAGCUUCUGCUGUCACUGCAUCAAGCAGUGGCGUAAAAAGAAAGACGAAUGUCCCAUCUGCCGUCAAGCCAUCCAGUCCCAGACCCGCUGCCUGGCCCUGGACAACUGCAUCAACAGCAUGGUGGAAAACCUGAGCCUGGACAUGAAGGCGAGGCGGCAGACGCUCAUCACUGAGAGGAAAGCAGCUGACUCUGCUCAGGUGAUGGUGAUCCAUGAUGAUGACAGCAGCAGCAGCAGCAGCAGCAGCAGUGACAGUGACGUCAGUGACGGCAGCAUGGUGUCCAUAGACAGUAGCCUCAGCUCUGUUGUCUCUGUGGACACAGACAGUAGCAUCCACUUGGACUCCAGUCCACCCUACAGUGGUUACUCUGAUGAGAGUGUUGAUGAGUUUGAGGAUUGAGAUGGUUCUGUAAAAUAAAUUGGACUUUUUGGUGUUGAUAAGAAGGUCUCAUCAUGAGUCCAGAAGUCAGUCAAGGUUUGUGUUUCUUUUUGUAAAAUGUUCAGUUGUCUUAUUGUCUUUAUUUUUAACUAUAAAAGGAAUAAAGUUUCUUUCUAUGCAUUUUCACAGUCACGCCUGCCUGUAUGUUCUGAUGUACAUUGUGUUUAUGGUUCUAAGGAACUAGUAAAUCUUAUUAAAUCAGAGUACUUUAAUUGUUC